UGUAUGUGUACACUUGUUGAGUUUUGAUGUGUUUGUGCGAGAAGCUCAUCUAGUGAAAAUGGUGCAUCUUUGUUAUUUUCUUAAUAAAAAAUAUAUUACAAAUGUUUUGCUGUGAGAUUUUUCAAAUUUCUCGACGAAUAUGGAAACGUUUAUGCCAUCGGAAAUUGCGAGAUUAGUCGUCGGUUAUUUAGAAGAACAAAAAUGUGACGAAGCAGCGAAAUUUUUCUUGGAGACAUCUCCACUUUUGCAGGAAUGUCGUAUGGUUCAAGCAAGUGGGAAAACAUUUCGAAGACUAGUCAGAGAAAUGACUUUAAUCGAUGUUUUCGAUAAAUAUUGUUCUAUUAUUUCCUUUAUUCAAGAGAGGCUAAAUAAAAUUGCUGAUUCCGAUCAAGUAAAGCAUUGUGGAGAUUUUCUUGAGCAACUUAGAUUUUUAAUUGAUGGAUCUCGAAGUCAACGUUUUGUUGUAAAUAUUAAUGUACCCUCUCAGAAUUCAGCUACAACUACCGGAGGAUCUCCGAUUAUUUCUAGUAGUAUAAGAAAAAGACAACGCAGUGGAAGUGAUCGAGAUCGCGAUCGCUGUAAGCGGUUUGCGAAAUUACAAUCACUAACACCUGAGAAGCAGAAUAAUUCUGAAAAUAUUCAUUGUGAUAAAGUCGAAGCAACUCCAGCUGAAAGUUUACCUGGUCAUAUUGACUUAACAAAAUCAAAUUCCGACGAGAGAUCAGCUGUUAAACAGAAGAUUAAAGAAAAUCAUGUUAUUCAAGAUGAAUGCAAUGAUUACGAUUGCAAAUUUUAUAUGCCUGGAUCCUCAACAGAGCAACCCGAGAAUAUUAGAGAUUUACAAAAAAAUCAAGAAAAAACCAACAAUAGCGAAGAGUCAAAUAAAUGUGUUAAUUUUUCUACAACACCAUUAAAAUGUUCAAUGUCUACUGACACUGAAGAUUUAUUAAAAAUUUAUCAAAAUACACAAGCAUCGACUUGGGGACAAAUUCUUGACUAUGAGGAAAUAAUGAACAACGAGCCACUUGAAAAUUUAAGCUUGCUGGGACAAGGAUUGUUACAUUGUAAAGAAAUACAAGAGCAAAUAGCAGAAAAUAUUAAUAAAAGUGGUCUACUACCAACGGACGCAAAUUACAAAGACGAAGCGCUUAUUGCAAAUUCUUCUGGUUUUAAUACAUCGGGAAUUUUCAAAUCAAUCGUCGAGGAAACAAUGGUUACAGCUUCAUUUCAACAAUUUGUUGGUUCUGUUUUAAAAAUCACUGAUUCAAAUUCCAAUACAAAUACAGAUGGCAAGAAUAAAUUGGAAUUAAAUCAAAACGAACAAUUACAAAAUUUGACUGACAUAUUUUCCAUGGAAAAUCGUAUUGACAAUAAUAAAAUCGUCGACAGUACGGACAAUAACAACGAAUUACGCAAUUUACUUACAAAUCAACGUUCUAAAGUUACGAAUGACAUUAAAGAGGUAAAUGAAGAGGGAAUUAAUAUAAGCGAUUUAAAUGAUCAGAAUAAUGCUGCCAUUCAAAGUAUCAUAAAUGCAAAUUCAGCAAAUAGUGAAUUAAUACAGGAGAAAUCAUCUUCUUUAGAACAAGAAAUAAAUGAAUCGUCAAUGAUAAAAACUAAUGAUGCAGAUUGUAAAAAUAUCAAUGAUAAUUCAGCGGGAAAAAAUAUUUCCGAAGAACUUGAAACUAGUAUUGAAAUUAUCGAUGUACCUGCUGUUGAUGAUGCUCCUGCACCUCCGGUUGUAAGUACAAAACCAAGAAUUACAUCAAUGAAAAUUUUACCCAAAGGAAGUAGAUUUUCAAAAAGAAAAGAGAAGAGACCGGUGAAGAAGCCAGUGGUAAAUAUUCCAAUCAUAUCUGAUUCCACUGAUACAAUGAUUACGUCUACAUUGGUUGUUUGCUCAAAAGAUGAUCCCGGCAGUUUUCUUGGAGUUCCUCCUUCAUAUACAAACAUAAUAAAUCCUCAUUAUCUUUCAAUUACACCGAAAAGUAUUCAAUUUAAACAAGAACCAGUUUAUUUUAAACACGUGAACGUACCACAAAAAGUUCCUGGGUCAAUAAAAAAAAAUUUCAACAUUCUACCAAAUCCAAGUGGUACAAUUCCAUUACCACUCACACAUCCAGUUACAAUUUCAUUACCAUCCGUUGAAUUACCAUUAACAACUCCAGUAAUAACAAUCAGUGAAGAGAAUAUAACACCAUCAGAAUAUAGUAUACCAAAAUCACUUCCAAAUAUCGAUAUAAUUCAAGAGGAGAAUUAUAAAUCAACCGAAAAUGUAAAUAAUCUCAUUGAAAAUACAAAUAUAGAUGUAAAAAUUGAAAUCCCUAAAAUUAUCACCCCAACAACUAGUACUAAAGAAACGACAACUAUAAAUAAUAUUGAUCCAAUUUGUAAUUUAGAACAUAUAACACUCUAUGGCAAUGAAACGAGUGCAGCGGAAUUUUUAACUAGCAAUGAAAUUGAAACAUUAAAUGUCGAUGCAUCAAUGACAUUUUCCCUCUCUGGUCUUUCGCCAUUUCUCAAAAUGAAUCGUGUCGUUGAGAAAAAGUCCGAAACAAAAUCAAAUCCACAAGAUAUUCUACCCUCAGUGUCAACAAUAAUUGAUAACGAAAAGAAAACUGAAUUAAUAACAAAACGAACACCAAAAUCAAUAAUUAAAAGUCGUUCAAAAAAUCAUCGUCUCAGUUUAUCGACACCACGUCGACGACAUAGUCACGUGAGAGCAUUAGAUUUUGGUACACCAACAAAAUCAAAUUCCGCAAGUAAAUCAUCAUCAUCUGUAAACAAAAUUUCCCCCACAUCACGUAAUCGUUCAAAUUGUCGUACUUCUUUAUUUAAAUCGCCACCAUUUAUUAAUUCCAGUCAAAAAUUAAAAAGUCCAAAAAAUAAUUCAACAAAUUAUAAAAUUCCCAUUGCCACACGUAGUCCAGCACCAAAAUUAAUGGGCGGUUGGGAAAAAUUCAAUGGAAUGGAUAUGAUUUUAGGUAAAGUUUCACCGAACGAUAAUUUUAAUUCCACGCCAAUUGAAAAUAUUGAGACAAAACCGCCAACAAUUUUCAAAAGUUGGGACACUGAAUUACGAAAAAUGGCCAAUCCAGAAGAAACAAUUUCCACUGAGGCAAAAAAUAAGAAACCAAAAGCACCUCGUAAAAUCAAAAAAGUCAAGGAAAUUGUCAAGAAAAAUAAUAAAAAACGCGGAUCUAGAAAAACUCCCGCCAAAAAAAGUGACGAUAAUAAAUUGAUUGAAACACAAAGUAAAGAACAAUCAAGUAAAGAAAUUUUGUGUGAAACUAUUUCCGAUAAAGAUUUAUCGGAUUUACCAAUUGAUUCAUUAAAUAAAGAACAAUCUCCUAAAGAUUCAAUAAAAAAGAACGAAUCAUUAAAUGAUUCAAAAAAUUUCUUUCCAAGCGAUAAGGAUUUAUCAUUUACACUCGACGAUUCUGAACUUUGUAAAUCAAAUUCAAAAAUUCAAACACCCAAUAUUCCCAUAGGAAAUAAUCAAGAAAUGAAAAGCGAAAAGAAAAGUGGUGAAAUUGUUAAAAAAUACGCAAAAGUUGUGACAAUACCAAGAAGUGAAACACAACAAAAUGUUGAAUUUAUGUCAAAAACAUCACCAAAUUAUAGAGAAAAAAUUAUCAUGCAACUUGAAACACCGAGAAAAUUAGUGGAAAAUUUAAAAAAUGACAUUCCACCAACGCCACGAUUUUUAAGUCCAAAUAGUAGUUCAAUAACACCAUUUACAAAAGUAUCACGCAAUGAAGAUUCAAGUAAAAUUCCUGAUCUUUUUCCAACACCUGAUUUUGCUCCCACACCGGGUAAUAAAUUAACACCAAAUUUAGCAAGUGAAAAUACAAAAGACGCAAUUAAAAAAGGUGAAUUUAAUUCAUGUUCACCGUAUUAUCAACCAAGUUCAGAAAUUGAUGAUAAAAUGAAAAAAGAACAAUCGAAAAAUAUAACAAAAGUCGAGGAAUUUCAAGUGAUUAAAGUUAAUUUAACACGUGAGGAAGCUGCAAAAGAGGAACUUACAAUUUCUUCGAGUUUAAAUGAAAUUAUUCAAGAUGAAGAAGAAAAAGAAAAGGAAAAAUUACCAGUAAUUUAUGAUAUGGAAGUUGAGAAAAAUUUACACGACAGUGAUAGUGAAUCAACGGGUAGUGAUAGUAAUACAUCAUCAUCGAGUUAUUCAUCAAUGUCAUCGUCAUCGUCAUCAAGUGCUUCUGACGAUAGUUCCGAUACUUCCCUAAGUGACAAUAAUUCACCGACAAAAAAAAUUAAUAAUUUACCCACAAAAAGUUGUUCCAAUUCCAGUGGUUCAUCAUCAUUUCAUAUUGUCUACGAACCGGAAAUUCCAAAAGAAACAGAAAUCGCAACCAAAAUUAAUAAUCCCCCUGUGAAUGCAAUUAUUACAAAUAAUGAAAUUGAGAGAAAAGAAUUUGCAAUUCCAAAAUUCGAUAUUGAAAAAUCGUCAAUAAAAGAAGUGUCACCGCAAAAAAUGUUUUCUGUCACAAAUAUCAAUGAAAAUGACGAUCAAGAGACACCGGCUAAAAAUGAAUUACUUAUUGAGGCAACAAUUUCCGAAACUCCAAGUAGUUCAAAAGCCGGUUCGGAUAUAACAACAAAUUUAUCAACUAAAAUUACCGAAAUUAUGACCUCGGAACAAAAAUUGUGUAAAGUACCAUUAAAACCAGUUCCUCCGGUUAAAUCCCUAGAAACGAAAAGAGUGGCAAAUAUUUUAAAACACACGAACAAAUCGGGUUUGAAUUUACAAACAAUUGAUUAUCUUAAACCGGAAAAUCUCGCUUUAAAAGGUGAACGAUUAAAAAAAGGUUUUUGUGAAGCUUCUCUAGUACAAGUUAAAAAAAAAGGAAAAACCGCCAAUAAUAAUCAAAAUAAACGCAAUCGUCGUCCAAUUGGAAGAAAUUUACAAACAAAUGCACGAAAAAUUAUCCCUAAUUAUCAAAUAAAUACAAAUAUUUCAAUACAAGAGAAAAAAGAAAAUGAAAUCAUCGAACAAAAUCUCCUAAAUGAAAAUUCCAUUUUAGAAAAAUCCACAGAGAAAAAGAAGAAUAUUCCAAAAAAUGAAAAAAAAGAAACAAGUAACGAGGAAAUUAUUAAAUUAUUACCGCCCAAAACAACAAAAACACCGAAAAAAGGACGAACUCCAAAAAAGGGAAAAACUCCAAAAAAAGUAAAACCCCCAAAGAAAACAUCGUCAAAAAAGAAUUCACCUGAAAAUUUAAUUGAAGAAUUAGAUAAAAAUAAAAUACAAGAUAUUGAAAAUAAAAUUGAUAACAAUGAUAAAACAGAAAUAGAAACAGGUGAUCAAAUUUUAGACGAUAAAGUUAAAGAAAUUAUAACAACAUUAGGCGAUGAGAAAUUAUCACUUAAAGCAAAAGUUGAUUUAGUAAAACGUGAUUUAUUUAGUGAUGAUGAAAUUGUCGAUCAACGACGAACAAGAUCAAAAUCACGACAAGCAUCCGAUACAAAUAAAAGUGAUGAUACAAAUGAUUCAAUAUUAGAACAAUUACUUUCACUUGAAAAAUCAUCGAAAGAAGAUUUACCAUGUGUUUUACAAAGUUUGGAUUUAGUACCAACGACAAAUACAAAAAAUGAUAAUAGUUUUUAUAAUACAAGUCAAACGGAAUUAAGACAUGGUGAAUAUCAUUUUAUUUACGAUGAUACAAUAAUAAUGGAAAAAAAGAGAAGACGAAAAUACAGUAUCAGUGAAUUGGAAAUUGAUUUGGAUAAUGGUGAAGAACGUCAUAUUAUACUUGCAGCAACGAAAAUGGAAGAGAUAUUUAGUUUACUACCAAAAAAACCAAAAAAAGGAGGUGGUAGUAAUGCUGCUGGAAAGAAGAGUCCGAGUAAAAAUAAUAAUAAUAAAAAAUUGUUGAAUAUUUUGGAAAAAUAUGAAAAACCUUUAGCAUCAUCGUCGCCAAUUAUGAAAGCUGUGCAAUCGUCUGGUAAAAAUGUUAAUUUCACGAAGAAUGAAGAAAUUGCGAGGGUGGAUAUUGAUAAAAAUGAAAAAGGCAAAUUAGUCGAGAAAGAAAAACCAAAAGCCAAGUCACGAAAGAGAAAAAUGUUGACAGCAGAAGAACCAGAUCAUACCAAAGCAAAAGUAGUCGUGCCCGAAAAUUUAGCAUUGCUUCACCAUCCAGGAAAAGAAGAUAAACUUCUGUCUUUUCUUCACGGACCUUAAGUUUUGUUUCCAAUAUUUUUCGUUUUCAUUAAAGAAUAAAAAAUGUGAAAAAUAUUGGACGUUAAAAAGUGUUAAAGAAAAGACAAAGAAAAAUAGCAACGUAUUGAAUGUGUUGCAUUUAUUACAAAAAAAAAAAAAAAAAAAAAAGAAGACUUCAACAUUAUAGUUAAUGAAUGUCACAAAACUUGUUUGUAUAUAAUAUAUAAACGAAAAAAAAGUAAUUAAGUUUAAUGUAGUAUUUAAAAACAGUUAAAUUGAUAUAAUUUUGUAAAUAUAUACGUUUUUUCUACUUAUAAUAUGACAUAAAAAAAACGUCACACAUGUUAUAGUUAAAAAAACAACGUUUUUGUAACAAGACUUAAAUUAAGAUAUAGGGCAUUCUUUCUUAAAUGUCUUCAGUAAAAAAUGAAAAGUUAUUGAAUUUUUGCUUGAAAUUUUGUUAAAUUCUUGCCCUAUAUGAGGGUAACAAAUUUCUAAAAUAUUAGUUCAAAAAUAUAAAAAGAAUUGUAAUAGAAAUUAAUAGUAAUAAAUUGUAAUAGUAGAAGGGUGAAAUUUAAAUUGAAAAUUUUGAAAUUCAUAGAACUUUAUAGAAUUUAAUUUUUAUUUAUUGAAUUGCAGAGCAUUUUUUUUACUAUUCAAUACAAAAAAUACUUUUUUUUAAAAAAAAAUUUUUUUUUGCCCCCAAUUGAAUAAAAAUUUAAUUUUGAAAAAACUUCUGACAUUGAAAGAACAGGAAAAAUUCUUUAAAUAUUCACUAUAAAAAAAAUUAAAAUUCAUAAAGUUAUUCCACAGAUAUUUGAAUUUAAAAAUUUUCAGCCUCCACUAUUUUGUAGAAAUUUUUUGAAAAUAAUUUACAAUUUUAGGGAAAUUAUCUUAUUCUUCAUAUAAAAUAAAUUACCAAAGUUUCAAUCGAAUUCAAUAAUUUAUUUUUUCUCUCGAGAGCCAUUUCGGAAAAAAAUGUCUCACAUAAAAAAUUACUAAUUUCUUGUAUAAUUUGUUUUCUUCGAUUGUCAAUUAUUCUCCUACGUAAAAUUUAACAUGUCUCACACGAUAUAACUUUCAAAUCCAUUGUAUGUACCUAUGUCUAUUUAAGCUUUAAAAAAAAUGGACUUUUCUUUCAGUAUUUUAAUUUUAUGUUUUUGACAAGUACUUUUUUUUAUUUUCAUUUAUAUUAAGUUAGAUAUAGUGCUCAUUUAUUUAUAAACAUAUAUACAAAUAGAAAUCUCACUACUGAUAAAAAUGUUUUUAAAAAAAAGCUGUAGAUAAUAGUUGCGUGAAAUAUUCUGUAAAGUAGACAUAAGGCUCAUAAUAUACAAAUUAUUUAUUUGUAUUCUUCUUUUUUUUGCAUCGCGACAGACGUAUAUUUUUUAUUAAAUUGCAUUAAACAUUGAAACAA